AUGUUUAUGAUAAUAAAGUAGAAAUUUCUGACUUAUUAGACAAGAAUGAGGAAAGAAGCAUUUGACAGAUGGCGCAGAGAGACUAAAUUUGUCUCUACUGCAGCUAAGAAUCUCACUAUUACAGCUAAUUCUCUCAUUAUUAGCUAAUAGGAAAAGAUUCAAAACCUCAGGCUAGUAUUGUAAAAGAGGUAAUAAGAGUUGGACUAACUCUAGAGUCAGCAUAAAAAUUUGGAAUCAAAAGGAAAGGUUGAUUUUAGUGAGAAAGUGAGAAUUCUGAAUAGACUUGUGAAACGCUAGGCAAUAAAUAAAUUUAGCAAUAUAAUCAAGACAAAAGUCUUAAAAUCGCCAUUCCAAAUGAUCAAAGCCUGCUCUGAAUACAAGUUUUACAAAAAUAAGAUGCUCAGAGAUUUACCUAAGCCUAGAAAGAAGCAGUGGUGGGAAAAACUUAUGGAAGAAGAGUAUAAUUACUUCUAUGAGUAAGCAGGAGAGAAACUUAAGAGGGUACCUCUGGUAUAUAGAGAUAUAUAUGACUUUAUCUUGGAGCAUAGGCUCAUUAAGCAUGUAAUAGUAAUUUAAAGAUUUAUCAGAAAACGGAAAAUGAGAUAAUGGUUGAAUGAGCAUGAAAUAGAUUAGUAGUAAAAACAUCCUUAGUAAGCUUAAUAAACCAAAUUAUAAAGGCAAAAUCAACCAAGAAAAGUCAAAGUAGAUGUAAGCUUUUUAGAGCUCAAAGGAAAUAAAGAGAGGGGAGAAUUGGAAUGUAGUAUAUUUUGA